AUGGGUAGCACCUCCGUGUAUCUGGCUGGUGUAAUAAUUAAUAUCUUAUGCAUUAUAGGCUCUAUUGAAAAUAAUAAGGAUGAUGUAAAUACACCAGAAUUUAAAAUUAAACACCUAGUCAUAGUUUUAACUAAAUUAAAAUUGCCAGUACAAACCACUUUGGAUAUACCCAAACGUAGGAGGGAAGAAAAUGAUCUUGAUACACUCAUUUAUAUACCCAAAGACCAUAUAAAAUCACUACCUAGUACAAAUUUAGAUAUAUCAAGUAUUACAUUUAAUAAAAAUGAUGAUAGUCAACAAAAUGAACACACCAAAUCACUAAUUAAUAUAGAAAAUCAAAAUUUUAAUGAUGAACUUGAUACCAUAAGCAACAAUUUACCACCCACAUCAGAAAAUCAAAAUUUUAAUGAUGAACUUGAUACCAUAAGCAACAAUUUACCACCCACAUCAGAAAAUCAGAAUUUUAAUGAUGAACUUGAUACCAUAAGCAACAAUUUACCACUCACCUCAGAAAUACCUAGAAACUCUAUAAAAAAUUAUGAUAAAAAUAAGCUAAAUACACUUGAUCACUUCAAAUCUCUACCUAGUAAAAGUAAUGUUAACUAUUACCUUUAA